UUGCUGACAAGGCUGCCUAUUUGAUGGGUCUGAACUCAGCAGACCUGCUCAAGGCCCUCUGUUACCCUCGAGUCAAGGUUGGGAAUGAAUACGUGACCAAGGGUCAAACUGUGCAGCAGGUGAACAAUGCAGUUGGUGCCCUGGCAAAGGCUGUAUUUGAGAAGAUGUUCUUGUGGAUGGUUAUUCGCAUCAACCAACAGCUGGACACCAAACAACCACGACAGUACUUUAUUGGUGUCCUGGACAUUGCCGGCUUUGAGAUCUUUGAUUUCAACAGUCUGGAGCAGCUGUGCAUCAACUUCACCAACGAGAAACUGCAACAGUUCUUCAACCAUCACAUGUUCGUGCUGGAGCAGGAGGAGUACAAGAAGGAAGGAAUUGAGUGGGAGUUCAUUGACUUUGGGAUGGACCUGGCUGCCUGCAUUGAGCUCAUUGAAAAGCCCAUGGGCAUCUUCUCCAUCCUGGAAGAGGAGUGCAUGUUCCCCAAGGCAACUGACACCUCUUUCAAGAACAAGCUCUAUGACCAGCACCUGGGCAAGUCCAACAACUUCCAGAAGCCCAAGCCUGCCAAAGGCAAGGCUGAGGCCCACUUCUCCCUGGUGCACUACGCUGGCACGGUGGACUACAACAUCUCUGGCUGGCUUGACAAGAACAAGGACCCACUGAAUGAAACUGUUGUGGGGCUGUACCAGAAAUCAUCCCUGAAGACGCUGGCCUUACUCUUUGCCUCUGCUGGAGGAGAGGCAGAGAGUGGUGGUGGUAAGAAGGGAGGCAAGAAGAAGGGUUCUUCUUUCCAGACUGUAUCAGCUCUUUUCAGG